CUCCAGCCCCCAACAGCCAAGAUGGCGGACGCCGAGGCUGUGAAAGCUCUGAGCGGUUUACUGAACGGAAUCGCGCAGAGGGUUUAUUACGGGAACUCGGAGAUCACCGAGGAGCUGCUGAAGGAUGAGCUUUACCCCGAUGUACCCCAGGAGGAGUUCCGGGCUCUGUACGAGAAGAUGAGGGGCCUUUUGAAGUCUGUUGCCGUCGCGGAUAUGGACCAGACCCAGCUGGAGGCGUUUCUGACCGCUCAGACACGUAAGCACGGAGGCGGCGGUACGUCCGCGGAGCAGGCGGCAGCUCUGGCGCGUUUCUGGAAGGGUCACCGUGCCCGGGUGCGAGAGAGCCUGCUGGCACAGAGCCGCUGGGAGCCUGCGCUGAGGGGGUUGAGCUGGAGGGUGGACCUGCAGACCGCCACUAGCAGGGGGCAAACGUCCAACAGCCCCGUGGCUCUGGUGGAGCUCGAGCUCGGGAGAAACGGCCAGGACUCGGAGUUUGUGUGCUUGGAGUUUGAUGAUGUGAAGAUAAACCAGGUUCUAAAGAAGAUGGCAGAAAUUCAAGAAAGCAUCGACAGCAUUGUGCAUCACAGCUAGAGAGAAAGAAAGUGUGUGUGUGUUUAUGAACUUUGUCAUCACUGAUAAGAGCAUCAUUAUCUCGUACUGAAUUUAGUCAUAAAAGCGUAUUUAUGGCCUUUCCUUCUUUACAUUUUAUCACGUCCUACAGGUUUAGGACUCCUGCCAACAGUCAUGUUAAUUUAAUCUGAUAUGAUGUCACUGGGACAAAAACAUUUUUGCAAUUUUCCCACGGAGGAACGUUUUGUAACACGCAGAGUGCUGCACCUUCUCCGCCGUGAGGACGCACUCUGCCUCCUCAGAUUUUCCAGACGUUCCUCAGAGACGCCCGGCUUUGGGCGCAUCUGGUUCUCUGGCCAGCUUGUUCCAUUAUCAGUCUCCGAUAUAUCUCCUGCACGGCUUCCCUGUGCAUUUGAAUACGUUUAUUGUUGUUAUUGGACGUCUGGUUGAUUCAAAUCUAAGAAAGUAGGCUGUUGCUGUGAUAUAAAUAUUUAAUAUCAGUGCACGCCAAGAACAAACAGACAAAAGGCCACAGCUUCCAAAAACAUAAACUCCCAUCAAAUAUUUAAAAGUAAGGUUGCCUCAGUGAAUGGACUGUCAGGCUCCAGUAACACAAUGGUCUUACUGUGUGCUUAUCAUCCUGUUCCACUAGUUUACAGCUCUGUUCACACCGUGUUUCCGAACUUCUCUUAUAGAAAUUAACUGAUGACAAACAAUAAAGACGUAUUGAAAAACUA